UUCAACAGACAGACUUCUAUUUAACCUAUCAUCAGGUGUCAAUCGGAUUUAAUGGAUAAAUGUGUCAUUUGCGUCAUCAAAACAUUAUGCAUAGUACAUGAGAUAUCCGUAUUUCUAUUCAUAGUUGAAUUGAAUGAAAUAUAAAUCAAAGGUAGAUUUCGUCUAAAAAGGGGCGGCUAUUAAUCAGUCAGCUAUCAACAGGUAGUAGCCUACACCUGCACCGUCCGUGGAUUUCUUUUAGGUUCAAUUUAACCGGUUUCCAGGAGUCCUCGAAUGUGUAAAAUGGCAAGAGUACCAUCAUGAGUACAGACGAGAAAGUCAGAGCAUUGGAAUGCAUUGGAAACUUUGUGUCAAGCAGCAUCAGGAAAAGCAGUGGUCAUCUUCCAGCCUCUUCUAACCGUGUGUUCCCUAGGAGUGACGGGACCUUUCCAAGCGUACAGAAGAAGGGGCUGGAGACAGAUGUAGAGGGCCUCAGUGAGGGCGUGGAACAGGGUGUAUCCGGACUGCAGACAGUGUUGGACACCAGCAGCAGAGGAAUUGCCAGGGCUCCAGAGGGAGGGCAGGCACCCUCAGGGAACAGCCGCAGUGUGGUCGACGGGAACACCGCAGAGAAGAAGAAUGCUAAACAUCUGAAAACUGCUUCAUCUACCCCUUCUGGCCAAAGAUCAGUCCAAAAGUCGAACCAUGCAGCUACAAAUCAGCGUCUGCAGGUUUACCUGGAGGAGAUAAACCUGACUAGCCGUCCGGAGACAGACAGCCAAAAACAGGUCCUACAGACUUCAGUGAAGGUACACUUACCAGUUAUUUCCAAACCAUUCAAAGCGUUAGGAGAGCCCAAAAAAAGGACAGUAACGCGUCUCGUUGGGGAUCAGAGUCGUUGCGUUUCCCAAGUUUUUUCAGCUGAGGAAGACACUAAAGCCAUGGGGCGGAAGAAUUCAGGAAAGAGGCGAUCCCGAAAGAACUCCCAGGGAGACAAGGACAAGGACUGUCCAUUGAAUGUCCCCCCCACAGGACUGGCCUCACCUGAGCCAGGUAGCCCACAGGACCUCAAGGGGGAGCCAGCCGAUACUCCUCACUCAGAUUACCCUGUGCUUGCCGCACCUAUUUCUCUGUCAACUGGAGAUUCGGACACUCUGGAAGGGGGCGCUGCGUCACCCUGCCCUCACCUGGUGGUGGACAGUCCUGCUGAAGCUCAGGGGCCUAGCCGAGUGGAGAGACGUACCGAGAGCGGAGAGUCCAAACGCAGAAGCAUAAAGGUGUCAUCCACUCAGAAGGUCUUUCCCAAGAAAGUGCUCGUGAACUCAGACGCAAGCACAGAGAGGGAGGGCUCUCUGGAGGAGCGGCUUGAAAAAGCGCGUGGGACGAACGAUGGAACGAGAAAGAAGUCGGAGAUAAAAAUUGCAACAAAUAUGAAAAAAGAAAUACUACAAAUCAAGCCCACCCAAAGCACUGGCAAGAUCACUGAUAAAAUCAGCCUGUUUGAGGGGCGGGCUGCCAUAGUAGCCAAAGGUUCCCAUGGUACCCAGAGUGUUGAUGGCCUGCCGAAACCAGCCCGGAAGUUAAAGGUGGAUUUAAACAUGGAUCUUCCUAUCACUGGAAAAGCAGAACAGAAGCUUCAGUCAUUUGACAGUGAGACAGACAGUGGUGCAAGGUCAAAGUUGAGAGAUCAGGGGCAUAGAGGAAAGUUGAGAGAUGCAACUAAGUCAAUGUCGCCUCCUCCCACUGGCACAAAGGAUACCAAAGCAACAGCAUUAGUGAAGACCUUUGUGGGCACCCACAUGAUGGAAAAUGACACCGCUAUCGAUGACAGUCCAACUGUUGGGGCACAAACAGGUGCUAUCAUUCUCUCCACACAAGACAAAGUUACAGAUACAGUGAAACCUAGAAUCUCCAAAAGUACAUCCUCUAUAAUUGUGGCACCUGAAUUGGGGGGUGGCACCUCUUUAGCUGCCAAGCUUGUCUACCCAGACAAUGAAACUGACCCAAAGAGUAAAGAGGCUUCUGAGCUGAAAGAUUUGACUGUGAAAGGCAUACCUCCUAUCUCUCUGCAUGUAAAUGAGCCAAAGCCCGCAGAAGACGUAAAGGGACUAGACUCUGCCAGUGAGCCUCCAACAACUAGACAAGCCAGAGAAACCACUCCAAAUAAAGGACAUGCUAAGUCAGGCUCUAGAUCUAAGAGGCGGAAAAACAAGGAAAGUCUUAAGACUGCAAGUCCUGACAGGAUUUGCAAAUCUGAAGCAGAAUCUGGGUCUGAUAAGAUGACUAUUUCUGUGAUGGACCAACAUAAUGCCAUUACAGAACCUGAACCGGAAUUGAAAGAUAUUGCAAUAUCUGUAUCAGAAUCAAGGACUAUUUCAAAGCCUGACCCAGAAUCAGAUACUACUACAGCACCUGAACCGGUAUCAAAGACAGUUGUAGCCUCAGAGCUGGACUCAAAUAUUAUUAUACCACCUAUGCCUGCACACACUCUAGUUUCAAUGUCUAAUACAGCACCUGACCCAGUGUUAAAGACAAAUAAACCACUUGAUUCAGAGUCAAAGCCAAUUGUAGCCUCUGAUACAGUGUCUGUGACCAGUACAGCAUCUGAUCCAGACGCAAAGACCAGUAUAGUGAUAACUAGAUCUUUUCAUAGCAUGGAUGGGGAAACAGAUUUGCUCAAUAAAAUGAGUGAGGUACCAAAAUUGCCUAAAACCUCAGAAGAGCAUACUGCACAUACAAUCACAAAAGUCAGUAACGACAAUCUACCUGACUAUGGCCCAAGCAUUAAAAAAAUGAAGAAACCUAUGCCGUCUCCUCUACAUGAAGUGAAAAAACAGGACACACUCACAGGAGAAAUGUUAGCAGUAGAGCCAAAGAUCCCUGUACAGAACAGUCCUUCAGAUGCUACCCAAGAAAGCAGCAGGUCACCUCACUCCUCUCCAACACACCUCUCCAAAAAGGAAGUGGAGGUUGGUUCAUCUACCUCAAUCACAGUGAUGGACAAGGUAAAGAAACCCCUCUGCAAAGAGUCCACAGAAAAAGCAGGAGAAGAUCAAAGUGACAGCAGAGCUAAGAAAGAAAAGGCUAGUCAGGACACAGGGACAGGAUUGGCAAUAAAUUCCCAACAUGGUCAUUCUGUGCAUGAUGUGAGCAAGCUACCUACAGCAGAUCACACAGAGUCAAAUAAACGCAAACAUAAAGCAGACGCCACGAAACCAAAACAAGCUGUCAAAUCCCCAGCGUCAAAUGAACCACAAACUGAAUUCAAUUAUUCCUUAAAGGAUAUCAGCUGUAGUAAGCCUAUUGCACCAUCAAUUGAAUGUCAAAUGAUGGAUAACAGCCCCCAAAUAAUACAAAAACAUAUACAAUCAGAGAAGCAAGGUGUCGUGAAGGCAGAGAGUGCGAGUAUGCCUUUGGAGCAGACUCAGAUAGGCAAGGCUGACCCAGAGUGUCAGAAUGCUGUUCCAGGGGAGAGCUCAUCUGAGUGGAUGCUAGCAGUGGCAGCACCUGUAGAAGGAGUAGGUGGGAUAAAACAUGGAAAUACACCGCCUACCUCAUCUAUAUCCACAGAAUCAAGUGUACCACAAACUGGGCAAAAUGACCCCGUAAAGGAUACUAAGCCUGAGAUUGAGGGACUGACAGCACCAUCAAUUGAAUUUAGAACGAUGGACAGCAACAGUUCCCAACUAAUAAAGGAACAGGUACAGCCACAGAAUGAAGGCAAAGUGAAGGCACAGAGUGUGAGCAUGCCUGUGGAACAGAAUCGGACAGGUAAGCCUGACCCAAAGUGUAAGAAUGUUGUUCUAGGUGAGGGUUCAACUGAGCGGAUACUAGCAGUGGCAGCAGCGGGUCAGGCUGCGACUGUAGAAUGUGUAGGUGAGAUAUUGAAACGAGUGCCUGCCGGUGGUGAGAGCUGCCCCUUGGACAACCAAAUCACUGGGUUAGAAAAGAGUAAGGAUAAGACUGUAUUAACAGCACAGGAGCAGGACAUGUCAAGCUCUGUACAGAACAGCCAAGAGGCAAGUAGAGAUCUUAAGUGGGAAAAACCACAUAAGUCAUCCAAAGAUAGCUUAAAGCAGAGCAAACAUGCAACCACAAAGCCUAUCUCAUCGAUAUCAUGCCUACCUGACCUUGCAAAAAAGAAUAUUGAUAUUGAAGUAAAAACAGGGCAAAAGAUGGAGAGCAAAAUGGAGAAAGAAACUAAGAGAGGCAGCAUUCAGAUACUUGUAAAUGGUGAGCAUGAUCCUGUACUGGAGUCAACCAAGGAUGAAGCUUUGUCUCUCUCUCAUCCAGUUAAAGAUAUGAAUAGAAAAUCAAUUCCCAAAGAAAUUAAAGACAGAAUAUCCAAUCUCUGUUCUCUUACAAGCAAAAGCCUUCCAGCCUUCUCAGCUGGACAAGAUUCUCCAUCCAGCUGGCUAGAUGUGGACUCUACAUUUAGAGGACAGAAGGAAAAGAGCCCUAGGAGCAAACUUAGCCCCUCCAUCAGUGAGAACAAUCUAUUGGACACAUCUGAUGAGUUUGAGGAUUUCAUUGAUAAAAUAAAGAAGUUGGGUGCACCUUUCUCCAUACCUCUGAGAAAGCACAAUGACUUCAAAGCUCCCCCACCCCCCUUUGCUAUGCCUGCAAUAAAGGAAGACUUCCUUGAAAAGCACUUUGACCCAGAUAAGUUUAAGUUUGGCCUGAAGAAGGACAGGAAAGGCCAAUCCCCUGGGAUGUUGGUUAAGCUUCAGAGUGCAGAAGUCAAGAAAAAUCUGAUACCCAAACAGGGCACGACUGAAAGGAGUUUGCUCUUCAAAGCCCUCCAGAGUCCCUCCAGGCUUAUACGGGAGAACCAGAAGCCUCAGGAGGAAGUGACGGAGAAGGAAGGAGAGGAGCCUGAAAAGGGGAAUUUGCUUCUGGGGAGGCGCUCUAUGCUCUUCAGCCUCCUCAAUUCGCCCUCCCAGGCAUCCAAGCCCAGUGGUCAACCAGCCUCCACCCUGAGCACGAUUGUGCCUUCCAAUGAGCCUACAAAGUCUUCCUUGCCUGCAGCACUAACAUUGCCGCUCACUUCCCUUCCUGGGAAGGACAAUGGUUCACCUAAUCAGCCCAUUGAGCAAGACCCCUCCUAUCCAGCACCAGUAACCUUGCCUAUUGCUCCUCUUCUUGGGAAGAACAUGGAUUCACCUAACCAGCCCAUUAAGCAAGGUCCUGCACUGCCAUCCUGCUCUGAUGACCAGCCACUGGAAUCCCCAGAGAAAUGCUUUCCACAAGAGCUAAGGAAAGCCCAGCUGUUUCCAGGCACUCUUCCACAGAGGCUGAAGCCUGACUUAGGGGCCAGUGCUCCUGAACCAGGUGGGAUGGAUACCUUCUUAAGUACAGGCCUUCACACGCCGGACAGGGAACCCACUGCAGCCCCGGGGCCAUCCCUACCAAGCCUUUUUGAGGCUCCAUUCCCUCAAGGCCUCGACAUGAAUGAUGAUACACUCGUGGAAAGUGGACUCUACAAACGCCCAGGAAAGAUUGUCAUUCACGAGCAUGCUCAGUUUGCUGGCAAAGCUUUCGAGGUCUUUCGGAACAUACCAGAUGCUACCUCAUUGAAACUGUCACCUGUCAUUUCUGUCAGGGUGGUAAGAGGAUGCUGGCUGCUCUAUGAGAUGCCUGGGUUCCAGGGUCGGACCAUUGCUCUGGAGGAGGGCUCCGUACAGCUGGCGAACGAAUGGGCCAAUGAACCACUGCCUGCCCAAUCUGUCCCUACAAUUCCAAUGAAGAUUGGGUCUAUCCGGCUAGUUGUCCGAGACUACAGCGUUCCCAGAAUCGAUCUGUUCACAGAGCCGCAGGGCAUGGGAAGGAAACUGACUUUUGAGGAUGAUGCAAUAGAAGUGAUCUCAUUUGGAAUUCCACAGAGCACAGGCUCCAUCAAGGUUCACUCCGGAACGUGGUUGGUCUUUGGUGAUCCAGGGUUCAAAGGAGUGUUGUCAGUGGUGGAGGCAGGGGAGUACCCCUGUCCCGAGGCCUGGGGGUUCCCCACACCCUAUGUCGGAUCUCUGCGACCCCUCAAAAUGGGUGGACUAAAGGUGGAAAAUGCAGCUGAAGUAAAGGCACUGCUGUAUGAAAAGCCUGGUUUUCAGGGCCAGUGCAUGGAGGUGAAUGGCCAAAUCGGCAGUUUUGGAGGAAAACUGGAGAAUGAAGAUGCAAAUGCAGAGAGCCCAACCUCACCCUCAACGAAAAUACCUUCUGUGGGCUCCAUUAAAAUUAUCAGCGGACUCUGGGUGGGCUACAGCCAGCCUCGCUUUGAAGGUCACCAGUACAUCCUGGAGGAAGGAGAGUACUUGCAUUGUGGUGACUGGGGAGGUGCCGAAAACACCCUGUUAUCACUGCGGCCGAUACUCACUGACUUCCAGUCUCCCCACCUGAAGCUGUUCAGCGAGAGGGACUUCGGGGACAGGGGGCUCAGCGUGGACCUCUACGGACCCACGUGGAACAUGGAGGAGACGCCCUACGGGAGGAAGACGCAGUCCAUCGACGUCAUUGGGGGCGUGUGGGUGGUUUUCGAGGAGAUGGGCUUUUCUGGAGAAGCAUAUAUUCUGGAAAAAGGCCAAUAUAGCGGGCCAGAGGACUGGGGUGGCCAAAGCUCCACCAUCACUUCCCUGCAGCCGGUCUUCCUGGAUGAUCUAGGUGCCGCAGCCAAAUUUAAGGUGCAAUUAUUCUCUGAGCCUGAGUUCCGGGGUGAUGUUCAUGUUCUGGAAGAGAGCGCCCCCCACCUGCCGGAGGGAUUCUCUGUGGGUUCCUGCAAAGUGCUGUCGGGGAGCUGGCUGGGGUUCGAAGGUGUGGAGUUUACCGAUGACAUGUACAUCCUAGAGGAGGGAGACUACCCUGACCUGAAUGCCAUGGGGUGCAUUCACCCAGACUCCACUUUUGACUCUUGGCAGACUGCUGGCUUUGAGUUCUCUCUUCCCUCCAUCAUACUCUUCUCCAAGUCCAGUUUCAGGGGGAAGAGGGUGGUUUUGAAUGAAGCCGUGCUGAACCUGCAGCUGAUUGGCUGUGACAGCAGUAUCCAGUCAGUGCAGGUGAACGGAGGGAUGUGGGUGCUGUAUGAGGGGUGUAACUUCCGCGGACGUCAGAUCCUGCUACAUCCCAGCGAGGUGGAAGAUUGGUGGAAAUUUAGCAGCUGGCAGCGAAUCGGAUCCCUGCGGCCACUCUUACAGAAAAAGGUGUACUUCCAUCUGAGAAAUAACGCAACAGGCUUGCUGAUGUCACUCUCGGGGACACUGGAUGAAAUUCAGAUGAUACGUGUCAUGGCAACAGAGGAGGCUGGUGGACUCGAGCAUGUCUGGAUCUACGAGGAUGGGCUUCUCAAGAACAAGAUGCUGGAGAGCUGUUCCCUAGAGAUAGCGGGCAGUGUUGCCAUGGCAGGAAGCAGGCUCAGCUUCGUGUCUAAGCCUGAGAAGGGGAAGCAGCUCUGGAGCAUCACUGGAGAUGGGCUGAUCCGCUGCAGUGACAACCCUGACCUGGCACUGGAGAUCAAAGGGGGUCAACAUUAUGACAAAAAUCACAUCAUUCUUAAUGCAGCAGAUGAACACAAAUUACACCAAAGAUGGUCUGUGGAAAUCCUGUGAGGGGCAGAAGAAAAGAACAGGACAUACCCAGUUGUUUGUGGUGCUGGUCGACAGUGGACCCCUGAGUUUAGUGACUGGCCUGCAGUUAUCAUUCCCUGUCAAACAGGCAAGAAAUCCACAUUCACAGGAAAGCUGGGACAAUCCAAAAAAAGACAUUCUUUCUAUAAAAGACAUAAUGAAGGCAUAAUGAUAUUUACUGGAAGAAUGGGAAGAAUGCUUCUCAACCGCUGACAAACCGCUAAAAACAGAACUGCUGUUUAUGCUCAAUACGUGUACAGAUUAAAAAAUAUAUACUCUACCUUUUCAGUGUUUGCACCAAGAGGAAUAAUGCUAUACCAUUGGUGUUGUUCGUGAUAAAAGUACUACAGUAGAAAGGUAUUUACCAAUAGGGACAUUUUGUAAGGUAAACUACGUCUUUCUGUAUUGGUUUAUUGUAAAAAAAAAAAAAAAAGAAGAAAGAAAGAAAGAAAGAAGUGUCUACCUGUGUGCUGUCUUUUUAUGUUUUAGUUUUCACAGAAGUGAUUAUGGACAGACAGACAGAAAAGAGGAGGAUCGCACUGUGUCUGUCAUUUUAAUCACCUUAACUGAGACGCAUUAGCCUGUCUCUCUGGAUCUCUCUCUGUCUGAGUUUCUCAUUCAUAUUCUGGAUGGAUUCUGGAUGUGCUUUAUGGGCACAUUUUGUCCAACAUCAUUUGUACUGUAAAUGUAUACAAUUACAAUACUGGCACAAAUUAUGGAAACAUUGUAUUAAUAAACAGAUUUUGAUUA